CACCAAAAAAUGAAAAGGAAUGGCGGGCGAGGCGAUUCCCCAUCUCUACUCUACUCACCAGUCAAGACGGCCAACGGAAGCCCUAGGAACGGUGGCAAGCGUGGCGCUUUGUGACCAGUAUAAUUCUGCUAACUGCUGAUAGUUGAGGAGCCAAAGAAGGGUCUCAUGGAGGUUGGGAACCGCUUACCGCGUGCUUUUUGUGGCCUAGUUAUGAGCAAGGCAUUUCUUGAUGUACCAGGUCCGUGGCCCUUUUUAAUUCCCUCCAAUCCUCACCUAACAUUCUUUCACACAACAUAUAUAAGCACAUAUGUUCAACCAUGGAAGUUUUGGAAAGCUUCAUACAACUGUGCAGUGACACCACUGCCAUGGCCUUUCCCAAGCCAUCUCUAGUGCUAUGCUCUGUUCUUACUUUACUGAGCCUAAAUCGCGGUCCAUCUCAUGUAUCUGCCAAGGUUUAUAUGGUGGUGAUGGAGGAUGAUCCAGUUGUUUCCUACAAGGCAAGCCGGAAGGGUGUAAUGAGAGGCGAGGAAGCUCAGAAGUACAAGGAAAUGGCCACAACAAAGCACGACGUCUUCCUGGAAUCAUUCCUCACCGUAGGAUCUUACAAGAAACUGUACAGCUACACUCACCUGCUUAAUGGCUUUGCUGUUCAUGCAAACUCUGAAAAGGCAGCUAAAAUUCUUAGCGGCGCAAAAGGAGUUCGACUCGUUCAAGAAGACAUCAAAAUGGCGAAGAUGACCACAUACACUCCAAAGUACAUUGGAGCCAGUGGGGUAUGGCCACUGCUUGGUGGUGCUGAGAAUUCUGGUGAUGGAAUAGUCAUUGGCAUGAUUGAUACUGGCAUUGACCCCAAAAACCCAAGCUUUGCCAGCUUCUCGAACCAAUCAAAGCAGCCACCUCCCAAUUUCAAAGGAAUGUGCCGCUCUGGGGAUAGAUUCCCUCCUGAUUCAUGCAAUGGUAAGAUAGUGGGAGCUAGGUGGUUCGCGCGCGCUGGUCAAGCAACUGGAGAGUUCAAUGCUACAAUUCACUAUGCAUCACCUUAUGACCCGGAUGGCCAUGGCAGCCACACAGCGUCGACCGCAGCUGGAAAUUUCCAUACACCAGCAAUUUCUAGGGGUUACAACUUUGGAUAUGCAAGCGGCAUGGCCCCCGGAGCUCGUCUUGCAGUCUACAAAGCCGCGUACCCUUUUGGUGGAUAUAUGUCAGAUGUGAUAGCUGCUGUCGACCAGGCAGUAGAAGAUGGUGUCGAUGUUAUCAGUCUUUCCAUGGCACCUUCUUCGGUUUCACCUGGCCCUGCAGCUUUCCUCAACUUGCUUGAGACGCAACUGCUCCUUGCCACCAAGGCUGGAGUCUCAGUUGUUCAAGCAGUGGGCAAUGGAGGCCCUGAUGCGAGCUCAGUAGUUUCAUUCAGCCCAUGGAUAACAAGUGUCGCGGCUUCGACAACGGACCGCAAGUAUAACAAAACAAUCGUAGCUGGAAAUGGGCAAAUUUUCUCUUGCGGCGGCCUUUCCCCACCAACACCAGGCGACACAAUGUACCCAUUAGCACUGGCAGAUGACGUGAGCACCGACAAUUCGACUGAUGGGUCUAAUGGUUGCCAGGAUCCGAAGGUCUUCAUAAGAUCUCUAGUUCAGGGGAAGGUGAUUGUCUGCAUGAUUGUGUCAUCUAACUACUAUCAGGGUGACAACUUUGCCGGCAUUAUCGAUACGAUUCAGAAGAUGGGAGCUGCUGGAGUCGUGAUCAUUGAUCGUUAUUCCGGUGAUGUAGACUAUGAAUAUCAGCCCAUAUUUCCUACCGCGGUACCUUCAGCCAUGGUUGUGGACGGAGUAGACAUGAUGAACCUAAUGGAGUACUAUGAGAACAACACGGCACGAGACGGCGACGGAACUGUCAUCACGUUCGGAGCAACCGUCCGGAUUCUGGAGGGACGGCGUGCGAGCUACUCCGGGGAACGGCCGGAGGUCGCCGACUACUCGUCGAGGGGGCCCAACAUAGAGAACUCGCAGAUGCAGCUGGCGGACGUCCUGAAGCCGAACGUGAUGGCGCCGGGCCAUCACAUCUGGGGAGCCUGGAGCCCGACGAGCGACGCCCUCCCGGAGGUCCAGGGCGAGAGCUACGCCAUACUAUCCGGCACGAGCAUGUCCACCCCGCACGUCGCCGGGGUGGUGGCGCUGAUCAAGCAGCGGCAUCCCAAGUGGAGCCCCGCCAUGAUCAUGUCGGCGAUCAUGACGACGGCCGACGUGACCGACCGCUCCGGGAGGCCCCUGAUGGCGCGCCGGGACGUGGGCGCCGUGGUGGCGGCCACGCCGUUCGACAUGGGCGCGGGCGCCAUCAACGCGGCGCGCGCGCUGGACCCGGGCCUGGUGUUCGACGCCACGUACAGGGAGUACCUGCAGUUCCUGUGCGCGGUGCCGGGCGUGGACGAGGCCGCGGUGCGGCGCGCGGUGGGGGCGUCCUGCCCGUCGUCGCGGGCGCGGUGGUGCUCGGAUCUGAACGCGCCGAGCGUGACGGUGGCGAGCCUGGUGGGGUCGAGGCGGGUGGACCGGAAGGUGUGGAGCGUGGGCGCGGAGAACGAGACGUACAUGGCGUACGUGCGCGCGCCCGACGGCGUGGCGGUGCGCGUGUCGCCCGACGAGUUCACCGUCGCACCCGGCGAGACGGCGGCGCUGAGGAUCGUGCUCAACACCACCGCGCCGGGGAACGCGUUCAGCUUCGGCGAGGUGGUGCUCAGGGGCGACAAGAAGCACAGCGUCAGGAUCCCCCUCGCCGUCUACCCCGCCGCGGUGUUGAGCGGCCCGUGAACUGAACUCGCGUACUGGAUAUGCAUGUAUGCCUGAUGUAUUAUACGUACUUACGUAUGGGUAUAUACGUAUACUACAGUAUACA